AUGAUCUUCGGAGUGGGUGCCGCAGUGGCGGCCUUUCCACCGGUCAUGGAUUGCUGCGUCUCGAAGCUGGGCCGGAAGGGCGCCGUGAUCUUCGGAGGCCUCGUCUUCUGCCUAGGGGCUGCACUGCAGGCUUUAGCGCCUCAGCCGAAGGAUCCGAAGGAUCCGAAGGCCAUCAACAUGGCAAUGAUGCUGUUGGGUCGCAUCAUCGCCGGCUUCUCAGUGGGUUUGCUGUCGGGCAACGCCCCGGUCUACACCAGCGAGAUCGCACCCCCUGCGUUGCGCGGCGCGCUGGUCACGGGGUUCCAGUUCGCCAUCACGGUGGGUAUCAUGAUCGCCUUUCUCCUAGCCUUGGUCUUGGAAGAUGUCGAGAAACCCUAUGGCGGAUGGCGAUGGGUCAUCGCGGCACAGAUCGUCCCUGGCAUCAUGCUGGUGAUUGGCGGCAUCUUCAUGCCUGGCUCGCCUCGCUAUUUGGUACAACAAGGCAAGCCUCGGCAGGCGCUGAGGUGUUUGUUGUUGCUGCGCAGCGAGGAUGUGCGUGAAGAGCUGGCGGAGAUUUGCCAAGAGCAUGAGAUGGACUCGACCACGAAGGGCACCUGGGUCGAGUUUUGCUCCGGCGACAGCUUGAAACUGCUGGGCAUUGGCGUCAGCAUCCAACUCUUACAGCAACUCUGUGGCAUAAACGCCUUCAUGUACGACGGCCCUUUGAUCUUCGACAAAAUCUUCGGCAAUGAACACGCUGGGCGCCUUUUUACCCUAGUCUCAGGUGUGGUCAACAUAUUCGCCACCAUCCCUGGACUUUUCUUGGUGGACAAGUGCGGCCGAACGGUGUUGAUGAAGUGGUCCGCCGUUGGAAUGAUGUUUUGCUCCGGUGUCCUUGCGUCCAUUGGAGACCUGUGCUUCGAGGACGACAUCGGAACUUGUGGUCCUUGGGCCAAGUGGACAGCCACGCUGGCCAUUUGCGGUUUCAUUCUGAACUUUGCAUACGGCUGGGGCCCCGUGGCAUGGGUCUACUGUGCCGAGAUGUUUCCGCAGAAGCACCGGACCAAGGGGGUGGCGGCCACCACCGAUGCCAACUGGGUGGGCAACAUUUUGAUUGCCUUCCUGCCACCGUUGAUGUUUGACAACUGGGGCUUCAACACGUUUUGGGUCUUCGUUGGCACCAACUGUCUCUGCCUCUUCUGCGCCAUGUCUUUGCCAGAGACCAAGGACAAGAGCUUAGAGGAGAUUACCUUGAUGUUCAACCACUGGUUCCACCCAGGCGAGUGCAAGGCCACCGAAAACGCCGACGUGGAUUCGGUGGAUGCGUAG